CAUGCGCAGCAGUCUAAGAAGCAGGCCAUUUUCAAACAAAACCGCGGGCAACAUUUUAGCAACUUGAGCAUAAAGAAGAACACGGUGACCGUUUGUUAAAGCGUUAAAAAGGACAAAAAGCGACGAAAAUCAAACUACACAAUGACCAGCACACUGAAAGGAAUUACGCUCAAAGGAAGUUCGGAGCUUGUGGCUGACUUCUUUUGUUUUGGUAUCAACAGCAUCCUGUACCAGCGUGGCAUCUAUCCUCCGGAGCAAUUCACCAGAGUCAGCCAGUAUGACAUGAGCCUUCAGGUCACCUCAGAUCCUGAACUGAAGAACUAUCUUGACAAUGUGGUGACACAGCUCAAAGAGUGGCUCCUCAAUUGCACGGUGCAGAAGCUGGUGUUGGUGAUCACAUGUCUGGAAACGGACGAGGUGUUGGAGCGCUGGCAGUUUGACAUAGAGUGUGACAAGUCGGCCAUGGAGUGCAGUGCCCCUCGAGAAAAAUCCAUUCAAACCAUCCAGGGUGAGAUCCGCUCGGUUCUCCGACAGAUCACCGCCUCCGUGACCUUCCUGCCCUUGCUGGAAACGCCAUGUGGCUUCAACCUCCUGAUCUACACUGACAAAGACCUCGCCAUUCCUGACAAGUGGGAGGAGUCCGGCCCGCACCGCAUCAGCCAACCGGAGGAGGUGCGCCUCCGCUCCUUCACCACGAGCAUCCACAAGGUGUGCAGCAUGGUCACUUACAAGAAGACGUGCUCACUUUAAAACACUUUUAAAGCGCGGGGUGGGCAACAGCAACCAAAACUCAAGAAAACCCCAAACAUUUCACACACUCAUACAAUAAUAACAAUAAACUUUUUUUUUCAUACAUUUAGUAUGGCUUUCAUUAAAUCACAACUUGCACACCCACCCCUGCUUUCACGCGCACAUUUUGGACUUUAUGAAGCAUCCAUGAAGCAACAAUGAGAAGGUAAGCACAAGGCUAAGUUCAACAUGUGUUUCUGGGUUCCUUUUUAUUGGACUUCUGGAAAAAAGCAAAUCUGAUAGCAGAUGUGGUAUUAAAAAAA